AUGGUCAAAGUAGAGAUUGCAGAAGAGGUGGAAGGAGAUCGCUUCGAAACUACCGAUUACUACUUCGAGAGAAUCGGCGUACCUAUCUCUAUCAAAGAGGAUGACGCUCACUACGAUCUCGAAAACCCUCCCUCACAGUCUCUCGCUAUCUCCGAACGCCGCCGCCUCGUUUUUCUACCACAUUCCUCCGGGUUUUUUGUUGGAAGGACCAAGGAUGUAAUUUCUGCUGCCAAGGAUAGUAACGGGAAAGGUAGUAAGGUUUACAUCCAGGAUUUGAGCCUCGUUGAUGUUCCUGUUGGGGACGUUCGUAUAUUGUCUCUCUCAGCGGAUGAUUCUAUUCUCGCUGUCUCCGUCGCUGCUGAUAUUCAUUUCUUCUCUGUCGAUUCACUUCUUCAGAAGGAUGCAACACCUUCUUUUACAUAUUCACCUGAUGAGUCGGGCUUUGUUAAGGAUUUUCGGUGGACAACGAAAGAUAAACAUUCUUAUCUUGUUCUUUCAAACCAUGGGAAGCUCUUUCAUGGAAUUGAUAAUGCUCCCCCUAAACAUGUUAUGGAUGGUGUUGACGCUGUUGAAUGGAGUUCAAAAGGGAGUUAUAUUGCUGUGGCUCAAGAUAAUAGCCUGCGGAUUCUGUCGUCAAAGUUUAACGAGAAGCGGUGCAUAGCACUAUCGUUUGACAACUGGAUUGGUGAUUCUACUGAAAACUGUGUUGUGAAAGUUGAUUCUAUCAGAUGGGUACGCCAGAACUGUAUUCUUCUCGGAUGCUUUCUGCUGAUUGACGGCAUGGAAGAAAAUUACCUUGUUCAGGUUAUCAGGAGUCCAGACGGGAAGAUUACUGAUAGUCAGUCCAAUCUGGUUGCUUUGUCCUUCUCUGAUUUGUUUCCAUGUUCGAUGGAUGAUCUUGUUCCGGUUGGUGUUGGACCUCACUUGCUCUUUAGCUACAUAGACCAAUGCAAACUGGCGAUCACAGCAAACAGGAAGAGCAUAGAUGAGCAUGUUGUUUUGCUUAAUUGGUCACCCAGUGAUGAUCAAAGUGCAGUAACUGUUGUUGAUAUUGAUCGAGAGACCUACUUACCAAGGAUUGGACUCCAAGAAAAUGGAGAUGACAAUACGAUCAUGGGUCUCUGUACCGAUACGGUUUCUGUUGAGGGGAGCGUUAAAGUCGGUACUGGAGAUGAUGAUAUGAAAGAACUCUCGCCAUAUUGUGUUCUUCUGUGCCUCACUUUGGAAGGAAAGCUGGUCAUGUAUAAUGUUGCUAGUGUUGCAGGGCUCCCAACUACAUCUGAUUUUGAUUUGGUCUCCUCUUCUGAUAUUGAAGAUGCUUAUGCCCCUUCAACUGGAGAUGAUCUUUCUAAUCAGUCUUCUGAAGAGCCUGAACCACAAUGGAAGUUGAAUGCUUCGAUACAAAAUGAGAAGAGAAGCCUGACCUCGGAGAAUUCAGUUUCUUUGUUACCUACCGAACAAAGGUUCCCAAAUGAAGAAAAUUCCAGAAAGGAAAUCGAGUCUUUUAAAACUUCAGUGUCUGGGGACAUCAACGGGAAACAAGCACCCUAUGCUGAAAAAUCAUUACAAGCUGCAGAUGCUCAACAAAGCAUGGUUCCUAGGCAGUUCGGAACAAGUUUUGGGAAACCUCUUUUGUCCUCAGGAUAUGACACCAACAAAUUUGCAGAAUCUAGUUCUAUCCUCCCUGUUUCUGAUAAGCUUCAAAAAGAGAAAUCUGAGCAGUCUAGUUCUCUGCAUUUUCCGUCCAGUUUUAGUUCAAAGAGCACAGCAGCAUCAUUUUCAUUUCCUGGGAUGCAAAACGCUUUUGUUCCGUCACCAGAAAAUACACCACCUCAGCCAUGGUCAAGUGGGAAAGGCGUCUCAGCUCCAGGUUUUCUCUCUGGUCCUUUUCCUUCUGUGAAAGAUACUCAGCAUAAGCAAUCUGAACAGACUGGAUCUGAUUAUGUGAAUCCUCCUACAACCUUCAAAGAGAAGCCUGUACAAGUUAUUGAGUCUGCCAGAGCAUCAGCUUUGGGAAAUAUAACUCCUCCGCAAGGCCAAAAUCAGGACUCUGAUGAAGGGGUAGAAAAAAUCGAGCCAAUUCCGUCUAUCCGUGCCUCUCAAUUGUCACUACAAGUGAAAUCUUCCUUCGAAAAAUCCUCAGGUCAUCAGCAGCACAAAUCUCCGCUCAAUCCUGGACCUCUGAUAAGUACACUAUUCGCACAUCUGAUAUUUGGUUUUGGCAAAAAAAGACAUACAUUGAUGGUAUGUAUAAGCAAACUUCUGAUAACCAGUACUGGCAACUUUGGAACCGCCAGAGUCGCCUCGACUGUGUUUGACCAGACAGAAAAGAAUGCUGGAGAAAUUAAAUUUUCAGAAGGCAAGGCAAACGUGUUUCUUGAUACAGCUGCUGAAUCAAGCCAAGCUUCAUCUUCACGUUUGUCUAGAACGUCGCUUAAUUCCGCUUCCACCUUAUCUACACCAUCUGCUCCUUCAGUGUCAUCCUCUACAAAAGAUUCAGUUCCAGCAACUACUCCCAUCAGCUUGGCACCAGCUCCUCAAAAGUUUUCAGUCACAUGGACAUCUACAGUUUCAGCUACAAGUUUCAACGUUCCAUUUGGUAAAUCGUUGACCAGUGCCAAUUUAGAUCUCAAUCAAGCGGCUACGUCAACACCUUCGCAACCACCUGGCCCCACAGCUGGUUUCUCUUUUAGGUUACCAGCUUUGUCUCCAUCAUCCCCUGAAAUUGCCUCAUCUUCAGCAGUUGCUUCGACCGCUCCUGACGCGUUUCAGUCUCCUCAAGCUUCCACCCCGUUUUCUACUGUGUCCAUUACAGAGCCAGUAGUCUCAGAACCUAAAAAGCCAGAGGCUCAAAGUUGA